AUGGACAAAGAACUUGACCGACUAGAGCGCCUGCAAAUUAUUUCACCUGUGGAGUAUUUUGAGUGGGUGGCUCCAAUAGUCGUAGUACGAAAGACCAGUGGCAUUGUUCGCAUAUGUGACGACUAUUCAACUGGAUUGAACGAUCGGCUCCAGUCACUCCAGUAUCCCCUCCCGCUACCACAAGACGUCGUUACGAAACUCUCCAAUUAUACAGUGUUCAGACAGAUCAAUUUAUCUGAUGCUUUUCUUCAGAUAGAAGUGGAGGAACGCUGCCGCCAAUUACUCGUCAUCAACACCCAUCGGGGGCUGUAUCACUACAACAUGUUGCCUCCUGGUGUCAAAGCUGCGCCGAGAGCAUUCGAGCGCUGA